CACACACUCGCGUGGGCAGUGGCGCAGUCACCGUUGUAGUUCAAAGAAGCCCAACAUGGCAGCCCGAUCGAAAACAACUCGAUGCUUCUGGAAUUGAAGUGACAAAGCAUUAAACUCAUAUUCCCCCGGUAUUGUCAUAAAAUAAUACUCGUCGGUUGUGUCCAAAAUGCAGUCGAUGAUGUGAUAAUAAUCAACUCGGGGGAUGGAGAGAUAACGGUUUGAGGGAAUUCGUGUUCGAGAGCGAGAGAAAAAAAAACGACUGGGAUUUUUGUAUACUUCGAGCCUCGUAUACUUCAGGUGCCACACGACUGCAAUUUCCGUCGGUCCAAUUGGGCCCCCACGAAUACUCCAGCACGGUUCAAAUUUCGUAACGGUCGUUCCGAGGUGCUCAGAGAUUCUCACAGUUUGACAGGAGUUUUUUAUCACCGGGGAAUCAUGGAAGACUGCAGUGAGGUGCUGGUCUGUGCCACCGAGUUUCUGAAGGAUCGUUUCUACCUAAUAACCCUGAAAACCGAUGUACACCCCAAAAGCACAGCAGACACGCACUAUUUCAGUAUUGACAAUGAACUUGUAUAUGAGAAUUUUUACGCUGACUUUGGGCCCCUGAACCUUGCAAUGUUGUACAGAUACUGCGACAAAGUUAAUAAGAAACGGAAAAAUGUUGCCAUAAAUAAGAAAAAAAUUAUUCAUUAUACAACUACAAAUCCUGAGCAGAGGGUCAAUGCUGCAUUUUUAGCUGCCAGUUACGCCAUAUUGUAUUUGAAGAAGACAGCCGAAGAGGCCUACGAAUUGCUGAUAAACAGUCCCCACAGUCCACCAUAUCAAAUGUUUCGUGAUGCCUCCUUCGGCACACCGUGUUAUCAAAUAUCCCUGAGGGACUGCUUGAGUGCCAUUUAUAAAUGUCAUCGCCUCGGCUUCUUCAAUUUCGAUGAUUUCAAGCACACUGAGUACGAGCAUUACGAAAAAGUUGAGAAUGGAGAUCUCAAUUGGAUUUUACCUGGGAAAUUUAUCGCUUUCUGUGGACCACACGCCAAGUUAAAUAAUGAAAAUGGGUAUCCAUUGCACGCCCCCGAGUCAUAUUUCUCCUACUUUCGUCGUAACAAUGUCACAACGAUAGUGCGAUUGAAUCGGAAGAUAUACGAAGCUACGAGAUUUAUAGAAGCCGGUUUCGAUCACAAAGAUCUGUUUUUCGCUGACGGAUCGACCCCCACAGACUCAAUCGUACGUCAAUUCUUGAAAAUAUCGGAGAAUACACCGGGUGCCAUAGCUGUGCACUGUAAAGCUGGUCUUGGCAGGACAGGAUCAUUGAUAGGAUGUUACAUAAUGAAACAUUAUCAUCUUUCUGCUCAUGAGACUAUCGCAUGGAUCAGAAUAUGCAGGCCUGGAUCGGUCAUUGGUCAUCAACAGAGUUGGCUUGAAGAAAAAGAAAAAAGCCUCCACGCACUAAUAAAGGAGCCCCUAAGAGCUGAGAAUGGAAAUCCCCCUCAUGCAUUCGGUAUUUACUCGAAAAUUGGAAGGCCAAACGCCUUCUUGGCGUUACCGAGAUGCCCGAAUCUGGGGCAGGACAAUGUAUCGGGAAUAAUGCACAGGGUUGAUGGUAUUCGGCUAGACGACACGUCGUCCCCAACGACCAGCACCAGUGUUGCUGCUAAAUUUUCAUGCAUGACGCAGGGCGACAAAUUGAAUGAAAUUAAAAUACGCAGACGGCGAACUGGCACCAAUGUUUAUGUGGGAAAUGCAAUGGGGCAGCCUGCUGUUGUACUUCCAAACUUGGGACUUUUACUGCAAUCGAGAAGUCAGAAAGGCGGAAUAUCACCAUUAGUUGGAUCCAAGAAGGAUACAAAUAAGCGUCUCCUCGCGCGUUCAACCACAACGACACUCGUUAAAAGAAAUACACGAAGGAUGGCUGGCAACUGUAAGCCAUCGUCGUGCUACGUAAGGCCUAAAACAGCGAGCCAAAUAGCCUCGGCAAAAGCCACAGCCUCGGUUGAAGCUAAAACGAUGAGUGUAACGAAACCAGUGACGAGAUCUAAUCUCAGAGACACGUGCUUGACGGACAACCGUGCUGCUAUAUCAUCGACGAGCAAUCAUCCUCUCCAGCAGUCGCAAUCUGGCAUGAAUAUGGUGUUGAGGUCAGCUGAUCGAGUCAGCCGAUAUAAUUCACUGAGGCAUGCGCGCACGACAAUAAGUUCGAAAACAGCAUUUAUCAGAUGAUUAACCGAUAUUCUUAGUGGUGUUGGGGAUGACGCAACCAUCAGCCGUGCAUCGAGACAGCGGAGAAGAUCUCACCGAUUAAAUCCCAUCAUCCAAUGAGAAAAUAUCAACCUGAAGCUUUCUAAAAACAUUACAUUUGUGGUAUCAGACAGCUAACACCAAUCAACACGAUAAAUAUGGCUAAUCACGGCAAUUGUUUGAGUGUCUAAUGCAUUAUACACCGAUGUGAUAACACUACACGUAAUUAUCGGGGUAAAGACUUCAAUCAAUUAGAUAAUAGUGUACGUAAUUUUAAUAAUCAUUAAAUCUUUUUUUUUUCAUGAUUUUGAAAUUUUUAUAGAUUUAACCGCUGUAAAGUAGUCUGUACCGAUCUAGUGGAGGCUAAUAUUCUUGUAUUAAUAUUCUGAAUUAUGUACAUAGUUGAAUUAUUAUGUGGUAGCACAAAAUUGGGGGAUUGAUAAACAAUAUUAAUAGUUUAGGUGAAAUCCCUUGUCUGCAGUUUUUUUAUAUAUUCAAUAGAUAUUUUUCACUUUAUAGAGGAUAUUUGCGGUCAUUUGUGAUUGAACAUUGGAGUUAAUAUUUUUUGAAUGAAUGUUAAUGAUUUAUUUAUGGGGAUUAGGAGAUUCUCAAAAAACAGGGGUUGAAGGACAAAUUAUGUGAAAAAAAAUAGGUACCAUAAUUGAAUUUUAAACGGGUUUUGGCAUAAUCAAAAGAAUACAACUGACCAUAAAAAUAGCAUAAAAUAAUUGAUAAAAAAAUUAAGCUCAAUGGACAAGGUUCGAUGAUCAUCUACUAACGGCCAUUGCUUUCCAAUUUUGUACAUUAACAUUGCUAGUAAAAGUUGUAGGAUCUCCAUGAAUUGAAGUGAUUGUGAUAUGAAAAUUUAUGAAUACAUCACAAAUGAUGCAUCUAUCACUUUUUAAAAAAUUAAACUCACGAGUUUUUAUACAUUUUUUUGCAAUAUAGAAACUAGAUUUUUUGUUGAUCAAUGGUGCGUGUACAUUUAUAUAUAAGUAGUACAGAGAAUAAUAAAAUAACAAUUGCGUACUUACACAUUCUUAUUAAUGAAAAUGCCGCAAAAAUGCGUCCGAAUGUCACUUAAUGUAUUCACAGUAUUUUAGUAAAGAGUAAUUCAUUCUCAGAGGUUUUCACGAAUGUAUAGUGUCUUAUGUAAACAUAGGAAUCAUUGUCGAGGCACAUUUGAAUAGAAAAAUUAUGAAAAAUCCAUAAAUCGAGUCAUGAAUUUUAACGAUCAGGUUACAUGUUUCUAACGAAGAUCGAUCGGUGAAUAAAAAAGUGUAAAGACCAUCGAAUCUCUUACGCAUAUGCUCUGUUAACAUUUUGUCAAUUUUAAUAUGAAAUAAAAUGAAUACCAGAAUUGGUAAUAAUGGCAAACUACAACAACAAAA